GCUUUGUGUAAUAAUUCUUUUCUGGACUAAAAUUUUACAAGUAAAGUAACAGUGAGUGUUUUCGUGGACAAAACAUUAAAUACACACAGUGUUAGUGUGGUGAUGAUAAAUUGCACUUUGCACUUCAUAUAUACAACAUAUACGUGAAUCUGGGCCCAGCAGCUGAUAGUUUUAUUAUAUAACAAAUACACAAACAGUCUAUGGGCAAAGUAAACACGUUCGUCAACGUUUAGAAAAAAUAAAACAUUAAGAGACCCUGAAUACAGAUUGACCAAUGAUUUAAUAAUUGAAUGCUGGCAUGACAAAGAAAACAAGAAACAUCAUUUUUAGAUUAAAUUGAAAAAUUGUAACCAUUAUGUAGUUUGUGAUGGAGAGUUUUGUUUUCAUAUAUUAUGAUGGUAAAGAACGAUCUUAGUCGACGAGAAAAUGUUGUGGGAACUCAUUCUGUGGCUUGUGGCUUGUUCAAUAGCUAACACUUGGGCCAACCCUCGAGUGAUUCUCCCCGAGCACGAGUCUCUCGCGUCAGAGCUGUCAUCUCGAGUCAUGUCCAGAACGUCCCGUCUCCAGGACGUACGCGAGGCUCGGGAUGCUCGCUUUCCUCUUCCCUCUCCCCAGGAUCUAGAGGCUAUCAGGAAGGCAGCGCAGAUUCUCAUAAUGAUCGGCGAACAGGUAAUACCGUCCAUCACCGGCGGCUCACCGACAGACGUCUUAUCAACUGAAAUACCCAACGACCAGGUUUAUAAUAACUACUAAUUAUAUGUUACAAAAUCACUUAAACCUUAUUAUGAUGACUUCUAGACCGAGGCUUCUAAAAAUACAGUGGACCGUUAUUCAUCCAUAUAAUUUUCUAUAUUUGCAUUUGUGUAUCCUCAUUAAACUUUUAAUGGAAAUAAAAAGAACUUCACAAUAAAAAAGAUUCCCAAAAAAUAGUUUUUGAUUUUCGUAACUUAUAUUCGGCAAUGAAGAUAAAAAUAAAUCAACAUUAAAAUUUACAUCACUCCCAUAUUUUAGAAUCGAAGGUUCUUCGACCGGACUCAUUACUAGAAUUGCUUUGUAGAUUUGAAUCAUUAUUCAAUAGCCGGUGUGCUAAUACAAUACAUUUUACUUCAUUUUAAUCAUUAAUAAAGAUAUUUAAAAGCAAA